GUUGCCGAUGAUGUUGUGGCAAAAAUUACUGCCGGUACAAAUACGAUCGAGGUUACUAAAAAUGGUGAUGACAUCACACUUAAGUCGACUACUGGCGACCACGCGCGCGAGACAAAGUUUACUAUUGGUAAAAAAUACACCGAGACUUGGAAUGGCCAGGAAUUACCGGCGUUGGCUGUGAAGGAAGACAAUCGUCUCACUCAUACCAUAGGAGAGGGAGAGAAACAAUUGAAAGUAGUGUACGAAUGGACGGGCAAUGAGCUCCGGGUGACGAGCACUUCGGGUCCGGUGGUAGCCGUCCGUACGUAUGUUAAACAGUAGGCAACCGUUUAUUUGGACAAAUAUAAGCUUAUAUUUUGAUAAUUAUAUUUAAAAGUAAUAUUUAAGUUUGAAAAUUAUGUUAUAUAAUUGCAAUAAUUUUUACUAACGAUGUAAUGAUCUAAUGUUAUGUUAUUUAAUUAAAAUAAA